AUGGUCCUAUAUUCAAGUGCUACUGGUAGCAUCAUGUAUGUUCUGAUCGGAAAAAGGCUAGAUUUGGCUUAUCUAGUCGGAGUUAUCAACAGAGAUCACUACAAUACUGUGAAAUGGGUACUCAAGUAUAUUAGAGGUACACAGAAGCUGAAACUCAAUUAUGUCAGGAAAUCAAGUCUAAAAGUCAAAGGUUUUUAUAAUUAUGAUUAUGCAACUGAUUUGGACAAAAGGAGGUUGGUGUCAGGGUAUGUAUUCAUUGUUGGUAGAAAUGUUUUAAGCUGGAUGUCCGGUCUGCAGCAUGUUGCAGCUCUUUUGACCAUAGAGGCCGAGUAUAUGGCAUUGACAAAAGCAUUAAAGAGGAAAUCUGGUUAA